AAGUACUCAAAUCCAAAGCCAAAGCCUAAAAAUAAGGUUGCAACAACUGCUACAGCGUAGCAGAGAAACAGCAUCAUCUCACUCUUUUUAUCUAUAUCUAUCUAUCUAUUCUAUCCCACCCCUUUGCCUUUUUUUUAUUUCCAGCCCCUAAUCUAUGUAUCUAUCUAUCUUCAAUACUACUACCCUUCUUUCUCUCUCUACACAGACACCAACAACAAAUAGCACACACAAUGAAAGAAGAAACAUGGAAACUCCACGCAUCCAUCAUGCCAUCAAAACCAAAGAGUCCACACCACCCAACCCAACCCUCUUUCUCUCUCAUCAAUGGCCCAGCUGGACCAAAAUUUAUGUAGAAGAAAGAAAAACAAAAAAGAAACAAAGAAAGAAAGAAAGAAUGGGAAAACAAAAAAGAAAGAGAAGUUAGAUGUGUUCAAAUGUCCUCCAACCAAACCCACCUUACAUUUCUCUCUCUCUCAUCAAAACUAUGUUCCCCGAAUUGCCCUUCUGCAAGCCCCCAAAAAAUCCCAUCUUCAUCACUGGUCUUUCAAAAGAACAAUAUUUUUCACCGAGUUAUGUGGGCUUUUUGGAUUUCUUUGUCUCGGUCAGAGUCUUCUCACAGAGAAAACAGGAAAGCGAGAACCUUCUUACCCCUUCACCUCUUCUCUCUUUCUUGGGCCUCUCUUUUCCUAUUUCUUUCUUUCUCUCACGUUUCGUUCCAUCUUCCCUCACCCCUCACCCCACCCCACCCACCUUCUUCUUUCUCUCUUUCUCCCCUUUUCCCUUUAGUCUUCGUUUGUUCUUCCCUUUUGGGUUCUCUUGUUUCUCUUUGAUCUCAUGAAGAAGAUGAAAGGGGUUGUCUCCUUGGACCCUCCUUAUGAGGUAUAUCAGGAUCAGAGGGCCAGGCUGAGGCACCAGAGUCUCUUGCAGGACUAUGAAGACCUGCACAAGGAAACAGAAGCCAUGAGAAGGAAAUUGCAGGCUACGAGGCAGAAAAAGUUGAUGCUGGAAGAUGAAGUUAGAUUUUUGAGGCAACGUUACAAUUACUUGCUAAAACACCCUAUUCUAAAGCCUCAUCCAAAGCAAGUUGUAAAGCCACAAAAGCUCAAAUUGCAAGCACCCAUCAUCUCGAAGGGAAAGAAUUACAGCAGGAAGGAGCCUACUCUGCGACCCCACCCCACAUCUCAUUUGAACUCAAAUGGAAGGAUUUCCAAUGUGGCUGAAGCCCCAUUGAAAAAAACUGGCCACUUGUUUGAUCUAAACCUUAAUGCUAGGAGUUCUAGUAAAAAAGAUGCUUCCUUUAACGGUUCUGCUCCACCAGUGUUUGAGUUGAAUCACAAAGAAAGGAUUCACAGCGGCAAGGAAGCCACAAAGAAGAGUGUAACUCCAUUUUUCGACUUGAACCAGAUUUCGAGAGAAGAGGAGGAAUUGCAGGGGAACAGUGAGGCCAUGAGGAUUGAAGAACCAAAGAGAAGUACACAAAGAGUUGCGACUGACGAGCAGCACAGCGACAUCAAGCUCUCGGCUGCCUGUAGAAGUGUUGGGGAUGGAUCAAAUAGGGCAGGGAAGAGGAAGAUUUCAUGGCAAGACCAGGUGGCUUUGAGGGUUUGAUCUAUAUAUAAAGUACAGUAGACUGAAUCUAUACCCUUUCAGAACGUGUAUUCUGCCUUGAUAGUAUGCGACAGAUUUUUAACCAUUUCUAGUUUUAUGUUUUACUUUGUAAAGAUAAAAUAUACCUUAUAGAAUCAUAUGUUCAAUAUAUAUAUUAUAUGAAGUGGAGAAUUUCUAUUCCCCUAAAUCAUCAUAUAUCUUCCUCACAA